UAAUUCAAUUGAAGAAUAUUAUUUGUUGCCCUUUUAAAAUGGCAAAAAUUUAUUUUCUCGUUUCUAUAAUGUUCGUCGUGGUAACGGCCAAUCUGACUGUUCCGGUCGAAGAUACCACAUUGGAAAAUUUAUUAGAACUCGUAGAAAACAUAGAAUUGAAGGAGAAAGACACGACCGAGGAACGAGCAAAUAGACAACGUCGAGUGACUUGUGACCUUUUAUCCUUUCGUGGAAUAAUUGGUUCCUCGGCUUGCGCGGCGAAUUGUCUGACCAUGGGAAAAGCAGGUGGAUAUUGCAAAAGCGGUAUUUGCGUGUGCCGCAAAGAUUCCUUUGCGGCUCUUUGGAAAAAACGAUUUGGUUAAAAUUAUGACCAACAUUUUUUCUUUUUUUUUAUCCAGAUUGAAAUAUCGCUAG